CGGGAGCAGGAUAGUUUGGACAGAGAGACACGAGCUUCUGCAUGCGAGCGGUUUGCAGCACCCCUACACACACAAGCUGAUGCUUGCAGAAAAGUGACAUGCAAACAGGAAUGAAGUCGUAGAUGAGCUGCGGCUCCGACGCGCACAGAUCCUGCAGGUCCAGCGCGGAGGUCUGGUAAGAACUGAAACAAAACAUGAAAUCCAGGAGCCAGGACCAGAGUUUGUCUGACUCCAGAGAGCUGGACAGAUCUUACGACCCACUUACAGGUAAUCCAUCAUCCAAACCCAAUAAAAAGACCUUAAAGCAGCGGUUCCUCAAACUUCUCCCCUGCUGUCGCUCUAGCUCCAGCUCUUCAAUUACUCAAAGUAAUAUAUCUGAUGAUGAUCAUCUGUCGACGGUACGAUACCAACCGCAGAGGCUCGACCAUCUUGUACAUCAGACCAACUUCAGCAAGAAAGAGCUGCAGGUCCUCUACCGGGGAUUCAAAAAUGAGUGUCCCAGUGGUGUUGUGGAUGAAGAGACUUUUAAAAGCAUCUACUCCAAGUUCUUCCCUCAAGGAGAUUCAAGUAUGUAUGCACAUUUCCUGUUUGAAGCUUUUGACACCCACAACAACGGAUCGGUCAGCUUUGAGGACUUUGUCGUAAGUCUGUCCAUCAUUUUAAGAGGUUCCAUUACUGAUAAACUCAACUGGGCCUUUAAUCUGUACGAUCUCAACAAAGACGGCUGCAUCACCAGAGAGGAGAUGACAAACAUCAUGGACUCCAUUUAUGACAUGAUGGGAAAGUACACCAAUCCCUGCAUAAGGGAUAAUGCUCCCAAAGAGCAUGUUGACAACUUCUUCCAGAAAAUGGACAAGAACAAUGACGGAGUGGUCACCAUCGAGGAGUUCUUGGAUACAUGCCAAAAGGAUGAAAGCAUCAUGCAGUCCAUGCACAUGUUUGACAGUGUGAUCUGAAAUGGACAUAGACAUAACAUUUCCCCUGCUGCCUGGAGUUCUUCUACAGUCAUUCUGCCCCCGCCAGAGUGGAUGGGGCUACUGGGCCCUAUACAGAGUGGGGCAGAGGGGAAGGUCCUGAGGAUUGCUACCCCCAAACCACCUUUUUUGUGAAUUUCUUUUUUUUUUUUUUUUAAACGUGUACAGGAAGGCAUCAAAAAGUGGACUUUGCUGUUUUCAGAUCUUGUAGACUGAUUUGAACAAGCAUAUUUAAUGCGGCAAAAACAAAGCUUAAUAACAAUAAGGAUGGAUGAAGAGAUGGUUCAAAAACAGCAGAUACAGUAGGCGACAGACCUCUUCACUCAUACAAAUUACUUUUAACUUAUAUUUUCUCUAUUGCAUGAAUGAAUAUGCAGACACAUGGAACAAACUGAACAUUGUUUAAUUUGUUGUAAAGUAUUACUCACUGUCUAUACUCUAUACUCAUAGUUAGACUACAAUAAAAGGACGGCUCUAAUGAAGAGAUGAAGUUCGAAAUCAAGCAAUAAUCAAAGUAACUGUCCUCUGUGUUCUUAUGGCGCUCACCACUCACAUCUAUUGUAACAUAUUGUGUCUGCAUGAUGUGUCGGUUUUGACUGGCCAUUCAAACAUUGGAUUAAAGUGUCGAUAUUUUUUCUA